CGGGAUUCAAACUGCUGCUCCGCCGGCUGGCGGGGAUCGGCGCUGGCGCGGCUGCGGCCGCUGCUGCCUACGCGCCAUGGAGCACCGCAUCGUGGGGCCCGGGCCAUACCGGGCUACCAGGCUGGUUGCUAUGAGACUUAGCAGUUCACGUGCCCCCAGUGGCAUCUUGCAGUGGAAGGAAACCGGAUUUUUUUCAGUUCUUAACCAUGUGCCAGGCCCUGUGCAACCAGUAUAUGGCAGAGCUGGGAUAUGAACUCAGUGGAAUGAGACCGUGGAGCUUUUUCGUGCUAAGAUGCCGUUACGGAAACAUCGCUGUCGUUUCAAGAGCUAUGAGCAUUGUUUCACAGCAGCUGAAGCUGUGGACUGGCUGCAUGAUCUGCUGAGGUGCAAUCAAAACUUCGGCCCUGAAGUGACUCGCAAACAAACGAUCCAGCUGCUAAAAAAAUUCCUCAAGAAUCACGUUAUUGAAGACAUUAAGGGAAAAUGGGGUCAGGAAGAUUUUGAAGACAAUCGUCACUUAUACAGAUUUCCUCCUUCUUCACCCCUGAAGCCAUAUCCAAAGAAACCCCCAUACCAAAAGGAUGUUAUUAAAUUUCCAGAAUGGAAUGAUCCCCAACCAGGCACUUCACAGGAGAACAUCCCGGUGAGGCCAGUUGUGAUGAAUUCUGAGAUGUGGUACAAGCGUCACAGUAUUGCUAUUGGAGAGGUACCAGCUUGUCGUCUUGUUCAUCGCAGACAGCUAACGGAGGCCAAUGUGGAAGAGAUAUGGAAGUCUAUGACGUUAUCAUAUUUACAGAAAAUUCUUGGCCUGGAUUCCUUAGAAGAAGUUUUAGACAUCAAACUUGUCAAUUCGAAGUUCAUCAUCCAUAAUGUAUAUAGUGUUAGCAAGCAGGGAGUUGUUAUUCUUGAUGACAAGUCAAAAGAACUUCCUCAUUGGGUGCUGUCAGCUAUGAAGUGUUUGGCAAAUUGGCCCAAUAGUUGUGAUUUGAAGCAGCCUAUGUACUUGGGAUUUGAAAAAGAUGUCUUUAAAACCAUAGCUGAUUACUAUGGUCACUUGAAAGAGCCUCUGCUAACAUUUCAUCUUUUUGAUGCUUUUGUCAGUGUACUGGGUUUGUUACAGAAAGAGAAAGUGGCAGUUGAAGCAUUUCAGAUUUGCUGCCUUCUCCUGCCUCCUGAAAAUAGGAGGAAGUUACAGCUAUUGAUGAAGAUGAUGGCAAGGAUUUGCUUAAACAAAGAGAUGCCACCCCUGUGUGAUGGCUUUGGCACCAGAACACUGAUGGUUCAGACAUUUUCCCGUUGCAUCUUGUGUUCCAAGGAUGAGGUGGACUUGGAUGAGUUAUUAGCUGCUAGAUUGGUAACAUUUCUGAUGGACAAUUACCAGGAAAUUCUGAAAGUCCCUUUGGCCUUGCAGACCUCUAUAGAAGAGCGUGUAGCUCAUCUACGAAGAGUCCAGAUAAAAUACCCAGGAGCCGAUAUGGAUAUCACUUUAUCUGCUCCAUCAUUUUGCCGUCAAAUUAGUCCAGAGGAAUUUGAAUAUCAAAGAUCGUACGGCUCUCAAGAACCUCUGGCAGCCUUGUUAGAGGAAGUCAUAGCAGAUGCCAAACUCUCCAGCAAAGAAAAGAAGAAGAAACUGAAGCAGUUUCAGAAAUCCUAUCCUGAAGUCUACCAAGAACGAUUUCCUACACCAGAAAGCGAAGCACUUCUGUUUCCUGAAAAGCCCAAACCAAAACCACAGCUGCUAAUGUGGGCACUAAAGAAGCCUUUCCAACCAUUUCAAAGAACUAGAAGUUUUCGAAUGUAAUUAAUACUUCCAUAGCAACAGGAGUUAGAGACCACUGUUGUUGUUUUGAGUGAAUGGUUGUUAAGAGAAAGACUAUGGUGGUGGAAGAAAGAAAAGCAUAAAACAAAGACUACUGAAAUAUAGAUAAAGAUUGCCUUACUUUUAAAAAAAAAGUCGAACCAUUAGUAUUUUUAUAAAACUCAAUGCUAUUUUUAAAGUGUACAAAUCAGUUAAAAUUUAUGAGUCAAAUAUAUAGUGAUAAUGUUAACAUGUUUGUAAUUGUUACAAAAUUUAAGGGUAUUUUUUAUAUCUUUGUUUUAUUCUUCGUGGUGUUUAUUAAAUAGUUGUUUGUAUCUAUAUCCUAGUUACUGAUAUCUUUAUUAAAGCCUUAAGACUUAACUUUAAGUCUUAAAAAUAGUAUGUAUACUUGAAUAAGAAAGACACUGGGUGCUGUUACUGUGAUGCUUUUGACUUAGUAGCCAAUUGUGAUUUCUCCUGUAUAAAUUCCAGUUUUUAUUGUCGCACACAAAUUUUUUAAUGUCCUGUAUUGUGAUGGCUGUGUCCUUUAUUGCAGAUUUAUUGGAUGUUAUGACAGAUUUUGCUAAAGCUGGUGUUUUUAUAACAUAUAUAUUCAUUGAUAUUUACCUGUAAAUGGAGUAGAUUUUCAUCUGCCUGCGAUGGUAUAAUUUCAGUCUUAGCGAAAGAUGAAAGGUUGAGCUGGAUCAAUUCUUUGGUUACCCUUAGACCUGUGAUUCUAAGUCAAACAUAAAUGAGUUAAAUAAAAUGAGGCUACUUCCUUUCUAAAUAUAUUUUCAUCCUUUUGAAAGUAAGUGAAAUGUAAAUAAAUACCAUCUAUUUUUUUUUUAAAUGCCA